UUUUGACAAUUUCAGUCAACUUCAAAUAAAUACGCAUCCUCAUUCAAAACAAACAAAACACAAAUUAAUUGUUUUUAACUUGGUGUGAUUGCAAUUUAAAUUGCUGAAGUUGAAAGUAUGAUUUACAACUGUAAACAUAAAUAUUUACUUAAGGAAGGAGUAUCGAUGUCCAAAUGUUUGUUUGUUGAUAUAAUAAUUUGCUUAUUAUGCUAUUGAUAAACUCAGAUAAACUCAGCAAUAUGAUUCGCUACCAACUUUUUUUAUACACUAAUAAUAUAAAAUUAUUUAUAAUUUAAAAUUCUCACAUUUUAAUGUUUUUAAAACAGGCGAUUGAUACCAAAAUCAAACAUCUGCGUGCAACACUGCUAAAGAUAAACCUAACCUACAAUUUCAAGUUUAAAAGUUGACACAUGUUUAAAAAAAGUCACAAAACCAUCAAAGAAUUUUUUUUAAAUCUAUUUUAAUUUUCAUUGUCACCGUUACUUCACCAUUUAAUUUUAAUUUUAAUUCUACAAAGACUAAUGGAUUUUAACACAUCGAAUUUGGCAUGGAACAGAUCAUUUUCGGCACCUGAUAUUUCAAACACCGGACCGUUAUUUCGACGAGUCAUAAUUGAAGAACAGUACUUUCCACAUAACCACGGUACGAACGUAUCAUAUCACACCUCAGUCUUAUCAGGGCCACCAACACGUCAUUUUAGCUGUGAUCAAUUAUCCACACUAACAGAAAUUAUGGCUCCUGACUCACCCAUGGAUGUUGACUUGUUGGAUGUAACAGAAUCUGACAUUAUUAUAAAGACUGAAAAAGAUCCUGACUCAACACCACCAAAAGAAUCUAAGGAACCAACUAUUCUAGACUUUGUAGACUUAACAUUUCAAGGAAUGACACCAGUCCUUACAAAGAAGUUACCAAAAUCCGAGAAAUUAUCAAAAAAGUCUUCAAAAAAGAAAGAAUUACAUAAAACCAAAAAAGGUUUUUCAUUAUUUAAAUCUCUAGUGGCUGUGGUAAUCCCAGCUUUGUUAGGUGUUGCAUAUUUUCACGUCAAUAGCUAUAAUUAUCAUAUAGAAUUAGGCAACUUUCAGAAUGAGUUAGAAAGUUCAUUAGUUGGGCAAUCUGAGGCAAUAAGCAAAUUGACUGAAGCUAUGCCCAGUUUUAAAAGUGCUUUAAGUAUGCCAGAGAAGCACUUGUUAACAUUACUAGGUACUACAGGUGUUGGUAAAACACACUGUGUCAAUGUGAUUAAACGAAAAUUCAUGCCAAAGCAAAUAGUUGAGAUUGACAUCGACACGUUGGAUAUUUCAACAUAUAAAGAUUCUCUUAAUUCAUACACAAAUGCACCGCAUUUAGUCAUUUUUGACGACCUUAAGUAUAAGCAUAUUCCUAAAUUGACUGAGUUACUAAAAGUAAUUCCGGAAAACAGACGAGUGUUAGUUGUAGCUGUGUUCAAUGUGCAGGAGACUGAUGACUUCAAAUCGUUCACGAUUAAUAAUCAAUUGUAUGAUAUAAUUCCAGUAGAAUUACAACCAACUGAUUUUGUUUCACAUACAAUUAAAUUCGAAAGUUUCGGUACAGAUUUCGCACAAAUUCAUUUGGACGAAUUUUCACAAGUUUAUUCUGAAAAAAUUAAGACAAUUACCAACUGGAAAUCGCUGUUAGAGUCACACGACUUCAGGACCUUUGGUUUUAAAGGACUGUUUGAAAAGAUGAAUAUUUUAAGUAAAUAAAUGUAAAAUGUUACCCUUGAACAUGUUUGUAAUAAAUUUGCAACGAAAA